AUGCUCCAAAUUCGGCUUAGGAGGGAUUCUCCGACUGAGACUGGAGGUGGAGCGAGACCUUCUCCGACUGAAACUGUGACGGUAGCCUGUCCCGACCAUCUCGUCCUCGCCGAUCUCCCUGUCGCCAAAGGGAUUGGUUCUGUGACUCCCACCACCGUAAUCAAGCCCGUCGGUCGCCGUUCCCGACGCCAGCUAGGCGAGAGAGUUCACUUCUGCGUCCGUUGCGAUUUUCCGAUAGCCAUCUAUGGCCGUCUGAUUCCUUGCGAUCACGCCUUUUGCCUCGAAUGUGCUCGUAGUGAUUCCAUCUGCUAUCUAUGUGAUGAGCGGAUUCAAAAGAUACAGACAAUCAAGAUGAUGGAAGGAAUCUUCAUCUGUGCAGCUCCACAUUGUCUCAGGUCAUUCCUGAAGAAACCUGACUUUGAAGCCCAUGUCCAUGAGCUCCACGGCAGCCUUCUACAAGCCGAUGCAGAUAAAGACGACGGCAACGAGUCAGAUGUUCAGAGCACAAAGCAGCAAUCUUCAGCUUCAGAGUCCACACUGCGAGGUCCCUUACGAUCCCAGUCCCGUGAACAACUGCCAUUACUACACAGGUCAGCGUCUUUGUCAAAGCCACAAUCUGGAUAUGGUCAGGGUCAAGUCCAGAAUUAUCCCGCAGAUGGCGAUAACUCUCGCCCUCCAGGAUUCGAAACCGCUAGUCCUAAACCGGGAAUCCGGUUCCCAGACUACCCGCCUAUGAAUCUUAUGCAACCGCCCAGCUUGCCCAUUCCAAUGAAUCAGAAUCAAGGUUUGCCUCAGCAGUUUGGUUUCCCGUCUUAUCCAACAACCACCGACGGGUCAUCUCAGCAAUUCUACAACGGUGCACCUUAUGAGAUGGCAAGACCAGAAGGGAGCGGCUCAGAACAACAAGGCUCGCUGCUCGGGUAUCCGCCUUCGCCAAUGGUGAAUAUGAGCUUCCAAGGAUCGUAUCCUCCUCAGUCGUGGAAUCCCGGAAUGGCACCGCCUCAUACUACGGCCCAGCAGCCUAACCGGGGUAGAGACGGUCAGGGUUUUGGGUGGCAGCAAGAGAACCGUGAUGGCUUUGGGCAGGAGUAA